UCCGGGAGUAGGGAAUUUUGGGUCAUAAAUGAAAUAAUAUUUUCAUCAGGCGGCGAGUGGGAGAAAAGAUUUCCGAAACUCAAAACGAAAUUGUAACUUGAGAAUCUACUAAAAUCCCCCGCAAAAUCCAAACCCCAAUUUUCGUUCGUUAGGAUCAUUGAUUUUUUUUUCUUCCACAACUGGGAAUUUUCCGUAGUUCUAGCACUCUCAGAAGCCCAACGGAACCUUUUCUUUUCCGUUUCGAUUAAUCUGUUUUUGGGAGGGUUUUUGUAGAAUUACUCGAACAGCAUCGACAGUGCGAUCGCCAUUUGACGAUCGUCCUGUUCAAGAGAAGCCGAUAUCGAUUCCGCUUCUCCGAAGGACAAUGAUUGUUGGAACUAGGGUUUUUGGUUCACAUCUAAUGGUGGGCUCUAUGGAGCCAAUGAUGAUGAUGAAGGAUUCCAUUGGCAUGGAAGAUGGCGAAGCUUCUUGUUAUUACAAGGAGAGUGGCCGUGAUGUUGACCCUGAUAUUACUCUCUCUUACAUUGAUGAGAAGAUUGAGCGUUUUCUUGGUCAUUUCCAAAAGGACUUCGAAAGGGGAGUUUCAGCUGAAAACUUAGGGUCAAAGUUUGGUGGUUAUGGCUCAUUUUUGCCUACAUACGAGCAUCGUCCUUCCAUUUUGCCUCACCAGAGUAAUCAACAAAGAGAAUGCAAGGCAGCACCAUCUCCGGAUAAUGUGCUCUUGAAGGGCUCUUCUCAGAAUCCUAAAGUUCCACCACCUGGGAGGCCAGAAGCUGUUGUCUGCAAUACUAUUCCCCCUCACAAUGCAAGGGAAACUUCUGGCAGUAUCUCUGGCAGAGUAGAUUCAUGCUUGCCAGCUACUAAAGUGACCAAUAGUUGCCCUUCGAAAGAUGAAGCUUCAAUCAGCUUAGGUUGUCCGAUGGACAAAAGAUCGCUCAAACUUCGAAUUAAAGUUGGUUCUAACAGUACUGGAUUGAGAAAUGCAGCAAUAUACAGUGGCCUUGGACUUGAUGACUCUCCACCUUCAUCAGAAAAAACCUCUGACGUCAAUGAAGGGAUGCUGCCCAUAUCUCAAUGCCCACCGGAUGAGUCUCUGACUAAGAUAAUUGAGGAGAUGACUGCUUUCCCAGUGCCUGAUGGAGCAUUGAUAUCACCUCUUCACGAGAGCCUACUUGGGUUGUCAAGAAAAGAAAAACCGCUUCAAGAAACCAAAUACGUGCUUUUCCCGAAGGAUAAAAAAGAUGGUUUGGCGAAGCUAGCCGAUGAGACCGACAGUACAUUGGUUGAGAAUAAGAAAAAGGAGGUGAGGCAUAUAGAAAGGCAUGUCAGUUAUAAGAACGAAGUUUGUGCUUCUCUUGGGAAGGAGACGACUACUCUCGUGAAUGGAAAAUUAGAAAAUGAGGCUUUUGAAAGCAAGAGUUUCGUUUCUAAUAAGCUGCCAUUCGAACUUGUUUCCGAGGGUAUGAUGCCUAGUGCUUACUUGGACCCACAAAAGAAGAAGCUUUCUUGUAAAACUACACUGCACAAAGCAGAAACAGACACAGACAAAGGAUCAAUUAAGAAAGAAAAGUCUGAAAUUGUUGGCAAGAAGAAAUUAGGAGUGCCACAGACUGCUAGUAGGAAAACAGCUGGUUCAGUCGAGAAAGGCUUUGAGUUUAGGAGUAAAGCAUCAAAAAUUAGGAAGGACACUGAUGCUGACACUCCUGAAUCAGAAAAUAGAAGGCACAGCAAUCAGAAAGCAGGAGCGAUCAAUAGAGGUUCUUUUAACAGCUCGGGGCUAGAUGGAAACCGUAAAAGUAAGGGUGUAAUUGACAGGGCUUCUGGUGACUUGCGAAAGGUCAAAAGAUCAGAUGACAGUGAAAACAAAACGUCCAAAUCCUCGAUGGUGGUUGAACCAGCAGUGGUGGCUCCUGUCGAUGAAUGGGUAUGCUGUGACAGUUGCCAAAAGUGGCGCCUUUUGCCCUUUGGGAAAAAACCCAAACUUCCUGAAAAAUGGUUGUGCAGCAUGCUUAAUUGGCUCCCUGGGAUGAACCGAUGUGACAUUAGCGAGGAGGAGACAACGGAGAAGCUUUAUGCUUUGUACCAGCUACCAUUGCCCGGGAGUGGAGAUGUUUCGCAGAAACAUGCCAAUGGACUAACAUCACGUGAUACUUCAAAGCAAGGAAAAAGGAAAGAUACUUUGAAGGAAAUACAAAAUCCAGUUAGCAGAAAUGAUCAGAGUCAUGUCAAAAGUUCUCUGAAAAACCAGCAGCUAGAGUUGAGGAAAAAUAAAGGUCUUAAUGGUUUCAGUAAUCCUCCGGAUCAAUUGAGAAAUUCAAGGGAUCAUUCUUCUAGUGACCUGCACAACUUGGUAGAGGGAAAGAACAGAGGUCAGCUGAAAGAAAAAUCCAUUGAUAGAGGUGGGGAAGUUAUGCUGAAGCACGGUAACGUUGGUUUAAAGAUGCACAACAAAUUGAACGUGGACAAUGAAAUGAAAAUUUCAUCGAAGAAAUGGGGAGAAACAGCUGGUAUCUCCUCUGUUGAUCAAGUUAAUGAUAGAAGUGCUUGCACAAACAAAAGGAAACUGAAGGAUUGUCAGGAUGUUCAAAAAUCUCAUAACAGUUCACUUCAUGAACCUGUGCUAUCAAAGGAAGAAACUUGUGAAAGAUUGAAUAAGAAAAAGAAAUCCAAUGUGUCAAAUGGUUUUGCUGGUGGUACGGAAGAAAUCGGCAAGGAUAAGGAACCGAAAAUGCCAAACAAUAAGAUUACUCAUAGACAAACUUCUGCUGGUACGGAGUUACCAAAGAGGAAUUUAGGUGUUCGACAAGUUUCAGUGGCAGCUAACUCUACCUCAUCAAAUGUUUCUCAACCUCAUUUAACUAAAGCCAAAUUUUCAGUGAAAGUGUCUCCUGUUGUAUCAGUUUCAUCAUCUCCCAUUAAGACAUCCAGCCUUGAUCAGCCUAGGUUUUGCAAUAAUCAUAUAGGCGACAGUGUGGAACCGAGCCACAAGAAACGCAAGAACGAGUUUUGCACAGAGAAUAAGGUUCUACUUCCGGCUUCUAAUGAGAAGGACAAAAGUAUCUCGUCUGAUGUGGAGCUUGAUAAGUUGAAGGCUUCUGAUGGAAUGUCCAAGCGCUCAAAGAAGAGCACGACAUAUGUACCAGAGGUUGAUUCCUACCACAAUGCAGCUUGUCCAAAUGGGACAGGUGAAAUUGAAGGAAGUAUUCCGCAAAAGCAUGGCAUAAAGUUAACUAAAAAAGAGGCGAUUCAUGUCGGUGCUGAAGGAUUGAAAUCCCCUCGAAACCUCAAGGGUUAUGAAGAUCAGAGGUCAAAUAGAGGUGUUGGACUUCAUAUGAAGCGAAGGCGGGAUUCUGAAGCAGGGAUUAAAGGUGUUCUGAGAACAGUAGAAAGAGGUGGAUGCAAAGAAGAACCGUCAUGUCUUGGUGGUGACUCUUUACGAGUUUCUUCUAGGGCGGGCAAUUCUCAUCAGCUUUCCGCCGAUGCCCCUAAAAGUGAUGAUGCAGUAGAGUCAAAGGCAUUAAAAGAACGAACGAAAUCCUCCGAUCAGACUGCAUCUAAUACAUUGAAAGAAGCCAAAAAACUUAAAGACAAGGCAGAUAACCUCAAGGGUUCUGGAUUCGUUUUUGAAAGUAAUGAGCUCUACUUUCAAUCUGCUCUGAAGUAUCUUCAUGGAGCAUUCCUUUUAGAGACUCCUAACAAUGCGACCGACAAGCAUGGUGAUAUGACUCACAUGCAGUUCUAUGGCAUUGCAGCCGAACUUUGCGAGAUCUGUGCCCUUGAAUUUCAAGGCCGCCGAGAAAUGGUUGCAGCCGCAUUGGCUUUUAAAUGUAUCGAAGUAGCAUACUUGCGGAUAGUUUACCAUAAACACUCAAGUGUCAAUGGAGAUCGCCUCGAGAUGCAAUCGUUGUUUCGUACAAUUGUGCAAGGUGAAUCUCCAUCUUCUUCUGCAUCAGAUGUCGAUAACUUCAGCAAUCAAGGAGUUAUUGACAAGAUUACCUCUGACAGAGUUGGUGGAAGUCACAUCUGGAAUUUUGGAAACUGCACGAGUUUUGCUCGAGUCCUCGACUUUGCACGCAACAUGAAUUCAGCCAUGGAGGCGUCGGCGAAAUCUCAAAGCGCCUUCGUGGCAGCAGCUAGUUCAUGUGCCACUGAAAGAGAACAUGUGGACUAUGUUGCAUCAGUUAAAAAGGUGAUUGAUUUCAGUUUCCAAGACGUCGGGGAACUCGUAGAGUUGGUUCGGGUUGCUAUGCAGACAGUAACUCAGUCAAGUUUUUGCGGUGGUAGAGAUUAGGUGAGCCAUGUAAAUAGUUAUUUUCUUGGAUUAUUCUUCCAUGAGGUGAUCAGUUGAGAAAGGUAAGGGUCUCUCACUGAAACUGACUUCAUCCUGAUAACUGGUUAGGAAACUUACAUAGUUCGUUACUUACCAAUACUUGUGUACAAAAAAGCGAGAUCGAGUAGAAAAUUCGAAAUGUAAUAUAUUUUUUUUUUUAAUAAUUAUUCUUGAGUUGAGAUUUUUUUGUUCUUUCACCCAUUUGUGGGUCAUGUAAAUGCUUAAUAUCUUAGCUCCUAAAAGUGGAGCUCAAUUUAAAAAAAGUGGUUUCUGCUUAUUUGGCAAACCAUUUUCA